GAAGAGUGUGAUUACUAUAAUCCCAAGUUGUGCAAAAAGCAAGAUCUCCCACACACCACUUUUUGCACACUACAAAUUCAGCUCAGCUCACCUCCCAUUCCUUCCCAUCCCAUCCUCAUCGAUUCUCUCUCUCCAAUCCAUAUAUAUCAUCAUCCUCUUCUUUCUCACUCUAAAAUCUAAAUUCAUAUAUAUAUAUAUAUAAUCGUGAGAAUUUGAUAGAUAUUUUAAUUAAUAUUAUUAUUGUUAACUAUGUCAACAAUAGUUCGCCAGAAUUUUCUGACCGAAACGACGACGUUGAACCUCAAAUUGGCGGCGGAUUUUGACGGCGAUCACUCCUUGGAAUUCGGAAACUGGGGUUUUCUCCGAACCGACGAUAAUUGCCCUAAUUCAAACAACGUUAAAUUCCUCGAGAGGCGUUAUUCCCACCCGUUGGACAGGAAAACGACGUCGUUUUCCGCUAUGUCUUUCGACCUCUGCACCGAGAAUUUGGGAAGCGAGACCGGCUCUGACGUCAUCGCCGACGACCCCAGCAUUUUCUCUACAUCGCCGCCGCCGUCGCCGCCGCUCAGCCCGCCGGCUCCGCCGUGUGAAGAUUCUUCGGCUGGGAGGGAGCCGCCGAAUUCGCGCCGGCUCGGCGGGAGGGAAUUCCCGCCGCCGCUGACGACGAUGAGCGGCUCCAGCUCGCUGCAGGUGCGGCGGCGCGCCGCCGAGGGCGGGCGGCUGAUCAUCGAGGCGGUGGAGACGCCGUUCAGGAAUUCGUAUCUGCAGGCGGAGAGGAGCGGCGGGAGGCUCCGGCUCUGCUUCUUGACCGGCGCCGAUGCGGCGGAGCCGCCGUGCACCGCCUCCGGCGACGACGAGCCGGAGGAUGACGGCGUAGAAAACGGCGGCGAAACGGCGGCGGCGCGCCAAAUCGAAGGUUCUGGAAUCGAAUUGGAAUCAGACAAGGAGGAAUUCGAGGGAGAAAUGAAUUAUGACAUCGCCGGAAUUUGUCAAUUUCGGGCGCCGAGGAGGUGCAAAGAGGGCGGAAAUGGACGGCACGGAUUGUGCUGUAAUUGGAAGCCUCCCCUGUGGGUCGCCACAUCGUAAAAUAACCCUGAUCAUUUUCAGCCGUUGGAUUUAAAUCUCAUCUCAUCACAUCCGUCUACCUAUUUUUCAAUCCACAAAUUUAUGUGUUUUUUUUUUUAACCGAUCUUUUGUUGUUAAAAUUAUUAUUAUUUUAAUUUGGUGGAGUCAAAUUUGUAGGGCGUGUUUGGCUAAUUUUUCCGGUUACUGGUUUCUGAACAUGAAUGUUCGUCUUAACAUUCCACAGCCAAACACUGCCUGAGAAGAUUUCACUUGAGUAUAUACAUAUUUCAAUUUAAAUUGCAA